AUGGAGAAGCAUAUUUUCUUAUUGAUUCUUCUCUUUCUAUUUCAAUAUUACUCCGUUUUUAUAUCGGCUGCUUCCUCAAAUGAAACAGACCAACAAGCUCUACUAGCUUUCCAGAAACUUGUUACAAGUCCCAGUUCUUUUUUGGCCAAGAACUGGACGAAGAAUACUUCUUUUUGCUCUUGGUUUGGUGUCACUUGCAGUUCAAAAAGGCAAAGAGUUGUGGCCUUGACUCUUCCUAAUUUGCAACUUCAAGGAACAAUUUCCCCAUCAUUGGCCAAUUUGUCGUUUCUCGGAGAGCUCAAUCUUAGGAACAACUUCUUCUAUGGACGCAUACCCGAUGACAUUGGCCACUUACCUCGCUUGCGAGUGAUUGAUAUUCAAGACAAUCAACUCCAAGGAAGUAUUCCAACAAGUCUAUUUCAACACCAAAAAGUUCAAACAGUAUCAUUGGCUUUAAAUAAACUCAGUGGUGAAAUGUGGAAGGGGCCAUGGUAUGUACCAGAACUCAGAGUCUUAAAUCUCUUUAACAAUAGCUUCACAGGUAUAAUUCCUCCUUCUAUUGGAAAUUCUACAAAAUUGAUGAACUUAAGUUUGUCUGGGAAUGGAAUUAACGGCAACAUUCCAAAGGAGAUUGGUAAUCUGAGCCAACUUGCAGUGUUGUCCUUGAAUGAUAAUCAAUUAACAGGUUCCAUUCCUGCAGCACUGUUUAAUAUCUCCUCGUUACUUAUCAUAUCUCUAGCAAGAAAUAGCCUUUCGGGUCCUCUCUUGCCUGAUGAAGGGAAGAUUUUGUCAAAUUUAGAGUUUUUAGGUGUAUCUUACAAUCAAAUUUCUGGUCGCAUUCCUUCCAACAUUUGCCAACUUGCCGAGCUGAAAAUUUCGUCCAUAUCUUUCAACAACAUAAAUGGAGAAAUACCCAGAAAUAUUGGUUGUUUAGCCAAUCUCGAGGAGUUCUAUAUUGGUAAUAAUCCAACAAGUGGGACUAUUCCUGCAUCAUUGGGCAAUAUUUCCACUCUGCAAAAUCUUAAUGCUGCAAACAAUAGCCUACAGGGGCCAAUUCCUCCAGAAUUAGGGAAGCUAUCCAAUUUGAGGCAAUUAGGCUUUGAUCUAAAUCAUAAUCUUAUUGGUCAAAUUCCAGAUGCUAUUUUCAAUAUAUCUUCUUUGGAACUCAUUGGUUUCAGUUUCAGCAACCUCUCGGGAAGAAUUCCAGACACUACAGGUCGUCGUCUUCCAAACCUCAGAGGAAUUUACUUGUCAUACAAUCAGCUUGAAGGGGAAAUUCCUCCGUAUAUCACAAAUGCUUCCAAACUUAACACACUGGCGCUAGAAAUGAACCUUCUCACUGGCACUAUUCCUACAAAUUUGGGGAAUCGUCGUGAGCUGCGAGGAUUAUUCCUAUUUGGUAAUCAACUUAACAAUGAACCAAGUGAAUAUGAGCUACAAUUCUUAAAUUCAUUGGUGGACUGUAGGAUGUUGCAAUAUCUAGCAGUGGGUUCCAAUCUGUUGAAUGGCAUUCUGCCCAGUACUAUUGGGAAUCUUUCAUCUACUAUUGAAAUAUUUCAUAUAGCAGAUGCACACAUCAAUGGUCUCAUCCCCAAAGGUAUAGGCAACAUGAGCGAACUAACGAAACUAAACUUUCAAGAUAACAACUUAAUUGGGAGUAUUCCUUAUGAGGUUGGUAGGCUUAAAAAACUCCAAGGGCUAUAUUUAAGUAACAAUAAAUUACAAGAGCAUAUUCUAGAUGUAGUAUGUGAUUUAUCUAAUUUGGUUGUAUUAUAUUUGCAUGAAAAUGAGCUAUCUGGGGUGAUUCCAGAAUGCAUAGGAAAUCUUAGCAUGCUACAACAGCUUGAUUUGGCGUCUAACAAUUUUUUAUCAAAGCUUCCUUUGAGCCUUUUGGAAAAUGAGUAG